AUGGGUUCAAUUGAAGAAUUCAUUUAUAAGAGAGAAUUAGGUCAAAGCUCAUCAAGCGAUUAUCUAGAGCAAGCCUUAGUUUGAAAUAAUUUAUUUCUAACUGUAAUUAUUAUGCAGAGUUUUUAUCCAGAGGGAUCAAGAAUUGGUGUCGAAAAAAUAGGCUCAGAAUCGAUUUGAAUUAGAAGCAGAGACAAUUUCAUUGUCUCUAUCGACAAAAAAGGAAAAGCAAUUUUAGGUACAAUUUUGCCGUCGUCAUCGUGAAUAAUUUUAAGCAAAAGGAAUGAGAUUGCAUAUAAAGCUUUUUUUACAUCAGAGUGCCUCAUUGUUGUUUUAAAGAGAGCACAAGACAGCUUAUUAAGAUUUUAUAGCCAUGCCUAUAUAAAUCUUGUUCAAGGAAGCGACUGCAGAAGAGAAAUAAUGCAAAACUCAAGCAUUAAUAUAAGCCAUUUGGAUCAGUUCGACAUUGAAAAUUUUUUUGUUGUUCUAAAAAAGAACAAAAUAGUUUCUAUAUGAAACAUCUUAACAGAAGCACUGCAAUUCCAAAUGGAAGUCCCAAAUGAUUAUGAAGCUCAGUACUCAAAUUCUAGCAUUUUGUGUUGAAAAGCAAACCAAAAUGGCUUAGAUUUGCGUAUUAAAAUUUUUAACGCGAUUACUGAACACCAUUUUUUUGUGAGAAACAUCAAUAAAGUCAAUUUUAUUUCAAGAAUUAAAAAUUCAAUUUUUAUUGCCGGACUCAAUAAAAUAAUUUUUAUUGAUUUGAGGAACGGAAGUGUCUUUGAAAUUCAAAUAUACUCGAUUUCUCAAAUAUAUGCUCCGGACUCAAAUGACGGUAUCAUUUUAAACACUGGCGAAACCAUGAUAUUCCUUACUGACUAUGGAACGGUUUUGAGUUUCAAAGAGAAAUAUCCAUUAAUAAGUGAUACAAAAGAGUUGGUUGUUGCUUUUUCGAGUGAAACUAGCAAAAUUUUCGUCAUAAGUAAAUCACCAGUAAAAAUACUUGCCUGCGUUGAUAUUCCCCGCUCUAUUAAAGUCUCUGCAAUUGGAAUAAAUGAAAGUACGAACCAAAUUUUUAUUGGAACUAAUUUUGGAGAGCUGCUGCUUCUUGAUUAA